GACAGCUGGGCCGGCCGCACCGGUCACUCUCAUUUGGAUGCAAAUCUCCUGGAGCUGAGGAGAUAGCUGACGUCAGGCAGGCCUUUAGUAAACCUUUACCACCUUGUCAACAUAGCCACAUCAUGUGAGACUGGGGACAGACUGGAAGUACGUCGCAAUUCUCUCGUGGAUCCUGUCAGGACUAUUGAAAGCAGGAUUGUUGUUUUUUAAAAACAUUUUCAGGGAAACAAUGUCGCCGUAAAACAACGCCGCACCAACUCUCUCUGCUGUUUGGACAAUCAUUUAUUGUGUUUUGUACAAAUCAUGUAUGUGGGAUACCUACUGGAUAAAGAGAGCGGCAUGUAUCACCAGGGGCCCGCGAGAAGAUCGAGCAUUAAUCUGCCUCCACAGAACUUUGUUUCCACACCACAGUACCCCGACUUUACUGGAUACCAUCAUGUGCCAAACAUGGAUACGCACGCACAAUCUUCCGGGAGUUGGGGACCCACAUACGGAGCCCCGAGAGAGGACUGGGGCGCAUAUAGUCUGGGACCUCCAAACACAAUCCCAACACCCAUGAACAACUCGUCUCCAGCACAGGUUCCUUACUGCUCCUCUGAGUACACUCACAUGCAUCCUCCAGGAUCUGCGGUCUUACAGCCGCCGCCGGAGAAUGUUAAUGUCGCACAGCUUUCUCCAGACAGAGAAAGACGCAAUUCAUACCAGUGGAUGAGUAAAACUGCGCAAUCAUCUUCCACAGGCAAAACAAGAACGAAGGAGAAAUACAGGGUAGUGUACACAGACCAUCAGAGGCUGGAGCUGGAGAAGGAGUUUCAUUUCAACAGAUACAUCACCAUCAGGAGGAAAUCUGAGCUGGCUGUCAACCUCGGCCUGUCGGAAAGACAGGUGAAAAUCUGGUUCCAGAACCGCAGAGCCAAGGAGAGGAAGCUGAUCAAGAAGAAGAUGGGUCAGUCUGACGGCAGCGGGGGGUCAGUGCACAGCGACCCGGGUUCAGUGAGCCCUCUGCCGGUGCCAGUCCCUCAGUCCCACGGACAUCCACGUGUCUCUGUACCCUCCUCCUCCGAUCAACACCUUACCAUCAAUCAGGAAUAUACAGCAAGUGACUGUGACUCAGUGAGAGCUGUGCUCACCAGUCUGGACCAUGUGAACAUAACUGAGCACUCCGACAAACAGACAGUGGAUCUGAACUCUGAACUCACGUCCUGAAGCACAGCGCUGCGGAUUUACUCACGAUCUAUAAGCAACGAACGAACAUAAACUGGAGGCUCUUCAAAAAAAAAAAAUAUUGCUUUUUAUAGAAUAGUUCUAGUGAAAAAAAAUUUGAAGAAAAAAAAAAGAAGAAAACGUGGGGGUUUUAAAAAACGAAAAAAACGACGUGAUUUCAAAACUUAAAAGCUUUAAAUUGUUUGUGAGUUAAUUAAAUAUAAAUAUCUUCUCUCUUGUUUUUGUAUGUGUGUCUGUGAAUGCAAUGAGAACUCAGGAACCUUUCAAAGGGAACAACUGGAUUUGUAGCUCAUGAUGUUACACUGGACGAACUGCUUUGACCAAUUUGACAAAUCAUUUUUAGUUCACGCGUUGUGUAAAAAGCAGAGGGGGGAAAAGUAUGAGUGUAAAUAAAAUGUUUCUUUUGCAGAA